CCCCUGUGAAGCUUCAGAAAAUACUUAGCAACAAAGAUCUCAAUAACUUUAGGUUUAUAAAGGUAUCAUGCUUGAUUAAAUUUGGAAAAUUUAGUUGUGCCCAGUAAACGCUUUAUGACUGGAUUAAUGAGUAACCGCCACUUUAAUUAGUCAAUUGCUGGUCUCCCACAGCGUUAUUUUCUUCUUUUCCCCUAUAAAAACUCUUCCAAUCUUUACUUGGUUAGUUACAACCUCAAAAUGCCAGUAGCCCUAGGUCAGCUGCUUUUGUUCAUGAUUGGGAUAGUUUGUCUCAGAGAAGGCAACUCAGCAUCACUGGCUCAACAUAAAGAUUCUGGAUGUGGACAGACGCCACAUGAAAUGAAGCCUUGGAAUAAUUUCAACCUCCUCACGCGCAUUGUUGGUGGGAACCAGGCGAAACAAGGCUCACAUCCAUGGCAGGUUUCCUUGAAACGAUGGCAAAGGCAUUUCUGUGGAGGCACCAUUGUUUCUGCUCAAUGGGUGGUCACGGCAGCUCACUGUGUUUUAGACAGACACUUACGUGAUUAUCUGAAUAUCACUGCUGGAGAACAUGAUUUAAGUCUUGCGGAGGCAGGAGAACAGACACUACCGGUUAAAUCCAUCAUUAAACACCCAUAUUUCAACCCCAGAAGACCAAUGAAUUAUGACAUUGCCCUUGUGAAGCUGGAUGGUGCUUUCAACUUUAGUUCAUCAGUUUUGCCUGCCUGUCUUCCUAAUGUUGGUGAAAAGUUUGGUCCGGGAGAUGUUUGUACCACUUGUGGUUGGGGCCGUCUAACAGAGAAUGGAAUUCUCCCUCAGGUCUUGCAUGAAGUGGACUUGCCAAUAAUAGACAACAAGGAAUGCUCUAAAGCAUUGUCAACUCUACGGAAUCCAAUCCGAGGAGACACUUUAAUAUGUGCAGGAUUUCCAGAUGGAGGAAAGGAUGCAUGCCAGGGUGAUUCUGGAGGCCCUCUUUUGUGUAGGCGCAAGCAUGGUGCCUGGACUCUAGCUGGGGUGACCUCAUGGGGUAUGGGAUGUGCUCGGAGCUGGAAUGAUAAUGUGAGGAAAAAGUAUGAUAAGAGAGGAUCGCCAGGGGUUUUCACGGAUCUCCGGAAGGUGCUCUCCUGGAUUCAAGAAAACAUCAGUACUGAUUUGAAAAUGAAAAGUUCUACAGCAUCAUGUAGCAUCCAGGAUGGCAAAGUCCCCAGAAAAGAAGGUGAAUUACGUUUCCCAGAAAGUCCCAAACAUUUCUAUCCAAACAACCAGCUGUGUGUCUGGACCCUGCUUGUCCCAGAAGGCAUGCAUAUACUACUCAAUUUCUCCCACUUCAAUGUGGAGUCAGACACAUUCUGUGACUAUGAUUCUCUGUCAGUUUAUUCGAAAGAUGACAGACUUGUCGGGAGAUUCUGUGGGGUUGACUCUCCACUACCCAUUUUGGUUGGCUCCAAUAGUGUAAAGCUGAAGUUUGUCUCUGAUAACAAGGAGACUGGAACUGGAUUUUCAAUGUUUUACAGACCUCUUUCACCAUAUGCUCUUCCUGAUUCUGGCUGUGAGUCCCUAGCUGUCCUCUUUGAAGGAGGAGUGAUUCAAAGUAUGAACUACCCUGAGCCCUACAGCAACUUGGCCAACUGUCAAUGGAUUAUUCAUGCUCCAGAGAACCAUGUCAUCAAGCUUAUAUAUGAGUAUUUUGAAAUUGAGGAAAAUGAAGACUGUUCCUAUGACUCUGUAACAAUGUAUGAGGAUGUAACAAAAGAGGAAGAAAUAGCUAGGUCUUGUGGGUUUGCUGUCCCAGCACCUGUUUUGAGCACCUCUAGCAUGAUGCUAAUCAUCUUUCAUUCAGAUGAAACUGAGACCUUUGGGGGAUUCCGAGCCACAAUCUCCUUCAUUCAUAUUACAGAUUUAAAUAUAUCUGAUUCGGUCAAUGAAGCAGCACUUCCUGCAGAUCUAAAUACCACCACAGAAAUUCCAGAUGACAUCUGUGGAGUGCCUUCAAAUCAGCCCAGGUUUCUCUUCAGCCGGAUAAUGGGCGGUGAGGAAGCUGUGCCCUACUCCUGGCCCUGGCAGGUCAGCAUACAGAUGUCAGCCGAACACAUCUGUGGAGGAGCAGCUCUUACCAGAGAUUGGGUUGUCACAGCUGCUCACUGCUUUAAUUUCAAGGAACAAUAUAGAGAAUUAUGGACAGUAGUUGCUGGACUCCAUGAUAUUACAGAGCAAGAGCACAGUCAGAGACGAUCAGUGAAGCUGUACAUUGUACAUCAUGAUUUUAACAAGACUACUAUGGAUUCAGAUAUUGCAUUAUUGCAAUUGACUGAGCCCUUGGAGUUUAAUCACUACGUGCGUCCGGUGUGCCUGCCUGAGACGGGUGAAGUGGUUCAGCCUUCUAGGGUGUGCACCACCACAGGGUGGGGGAUCCGUAAUGAAGACAGGGAAAAGUCCAAUAAACUUCAGCAGCUGGAAGUCCCAAUCCUAGUCCCUGAGAUGUGUCAGAACUACUAUGUAAAUCAUCCUGGCAGGGUGACCCAGCAGAUGCUGUGUGCCGGAUUCCCUCUGGAGGAGGGAAAGGAUUCAUGCACAGGUGACUCAGGGGGACCAUUAGUUUGUCCUUCAGAAGAGACAGGAUUUUACACUCUGAAUGGACUAAUAAGCUGGGGCUUUGGUUGUGGAAGAAAAAACUACCCAGGAGUAUACACAAACGUUGCUGUUUUUGUUGACUGGAUCAAUCACUACAUUAACAAGACUGGUAUGUACAGAGGAAACAGCCACUAAGUUUGCCUUAAGUGCCCAGCCUGAGGCACAUAUAAAGGGCCUCCUCCUUUUCAGAGUGCAGGUUGUCAGCACUUUCUGAAUGGCAGGCCCCUUUAACAUGUCUCAGGUUGGGCACCCUGGAAUGGAAGAACCCCAAAUCAGUGGUCACUUCUGAAAAUGUCAACCUGGAAUCUAUUCAAUUCCUGAGCCCCCAGGAUGUGGUCCAGGGCCUCAAAGUGGGGGCAGGUCUCUGGGUCGGCCCCUGGCUGGCAUGCCCUGGAGUAGGACUGCCGCAGGUCC